CUCAAGCUUCUGCUGCUGCCGGCGUACCGCUCGACGGACUUUGAGGUGCACCGCCACUGGAUGGCUCUCACGGCGAAGCUGCCCUUUGACAACUGGUACCUAGACGAGACCUCCGAAUGGACCCUCGACUACCCGCCGCUCUUCGCGUGGUUCGAGCGGCUACUGGCCUGCGGCGGCGAGCGCGUCGAGCCGCAAAUGCUGACCCUCUCCGCCGUACCUUACGUCUCGGCCGCGACCGUCGCAUACCAGCGCUGCUCGGUGAUCGCCUUUGAUCUGCUGUUGCUCGGCGGAGCCGCCUCCCUCGCCGUCUCCCUCGCGCCCGCCGCCACCCAGCGCGUCAAGCCGCGGGCCGCUGCCUCGCACUGGCGCUGGCUCGUCCCGACGGCGCUCUCCUUUUGCGACGCCGGCGCGCUCCUCGUCGACCACGUCCACUUUCAGUACAAUGGCCCGAUGAUCGGACUCUUGCUGCUCUCGUGUGCGGCGUUGGUGCGAGGGCGGCAGCUGGCCGCUGCCGCCCUCUUCGCCGUCCUGCUCAAUCUGAAGCACCUCUUCCUCUUCGCCGCCCCCUUCUUCUUCUCGCACCUCCUUGCCGCGCACGUCCUGCGC